CUCCUCGCUAUUACACCGCACUCACACUCGCAACCAUGUCCCCGCACCUCUCCACGGCCGCUCUCCACCUCACCCUUCCCCAGGGAUACGGCUACGUAGCCCUUGGAGCUUUGGGCACAUGCUUCCUCACCAUCUUCCAGAGUCUCCUAGUCUCCAAAGCUCGCAAGGCCAGCGGUGUGAAAUACCCACAGAUGUACGCCGACGAGAAGGAGGCGAAGGUAGAUGCGAAGAAGAACAAGUUCAACUGCUGUCAGAGGGCUCAUCAGAACACACUCGAGACUCUCCCUCUCUUCCUCCUCACCCUCCUCAUCUCCGGGCUACGUCACCCCCGCCUCGCCGUGGGCCUCGGUGCCACCUGGCUGGUCGGGCGCGUCCUGUACACGGUAGGGUAUGCGAGCGGAGACCCGGCAAAGAGGAUGCAGGGUGGGUUGCCUUCGAGCCUUUCGUACAUCGGGCUGGUGAUCACCGCCACGACUACUGUGGUGCAGUUUUUGAGCGAGGGGGAUUGGAAGAUCUGAAGCGCGCACGCACGCGGCGCGAUGUAGAGGACGUCAUGUCACGCAUGUCACGCUUUGAGAAUUCCAUGCAUAUCGCCCACGCCCACGCUACUCCGUCUUACCCCUCGCGCGCACCACCCGCUGCUCUUCCUCCUCAACAACCAACCCCACCCCCUGCCCCGCCUCCUUUCUCAACCUCUCCUCAUCCCUGCACUCCGCCUCCUCCACCUC